GGGGCCUCUUCCUCAUUUUGUGAAGGCGCUUGGUUCUGAGGCUGGUUGGCCGAGCGAGCAGGCGGUGGGGAAGAAGCAGCGAUGGUAGCGGUCGUAGUGCUCGCUGCAGCUGGAACGAGGGGACACAACUACGUCUCACUUUUGAGCGCGUCACCAGUGUGGUCCAAAAAAUAGCGGAGUGAAAGGAGCAGUUAGCCGCGCAUCGCCUUUUGUAAAAAUAGGUGAUGUUUUUGCGAGGGGUAAAAAGGGAGGCGUUUAUAAUUCAGUAGCGCUUCUCCACGUUCUCAUUUAAGCAAACGUGUAUGUGCAUGUUCAGGAAGGAGAGGGGAGAGACCUCUCUCUACAUGUACUGCGCCUUGCACAGGGGUGUGCCAAAUACCAGCAUAUGAAAAUAAAAAAAAAAAAAAAAAAAGGGGUAAAUUUGGCUGGGUAGGAGGCACAAUUUUGACCCGCUAAAAAGGAGCGCGAAUGUAUUUUCUCCACUUUGUGUAAAAGUGAUUGCCGUGAUUGUCACACCCGUUUGACGCAGGCGAAUGGGGAAAAGAGCCGCUUGCCAAUUGUUGAAGAAAAAUGUACUCUGUUUACCUUCGCGGGAAUAAUCAAAUAAGCAGAAUAGGGAGCAGCUUCAGCAUAGGCAUGUUAGAAGCUGUGCCACGAAUUUGAUGCCCCCCUUUGAGGAACCAAAGUAGGGCGAAGUGAGACGAAGCAGUGUAGAGCAAGACGAAGCAGUGUAAAGAGGGCAAAUUAGGGACCCCUCGAGGACGGGCGCUUCACCAGUCAUGCGCGGAAGCCAACCCCCCACCUGAAUCAUGUUCCGAAUAAGCAGCGUGCUCCACCUGCAAAGGGCACGCAUGAGCACAUACCUAAAUUAUAACAAGUACACUGUAAAGAGAAAAACGUACAUAGCAGCCGUGGAGAGUAAAUACACGUACAUUGUUCUGCUGAACAAUAUAAGCCAAGUGGGGGAAAAGGGAGAGAUCGUAAAGGUGAAGAGAGGAAGUGCUAGGAAUUUAAUAAAAGAGAGAAAGGCAGUGUACGCUACAUAUGAAAAUGUGGACUGCUACGCUGACAGAGAGAAAUAUAAAAGAACAGAACAAAUUGAUAUAAAGAAAGGGGCAGAAAUAAAAGAAGAUUUUGAAAAGUAUUUUACUCACUUGAAAAAUAUAGAUGUGACGAUCCAUCUGGAUGUGUACAAAUACACCAAUAACGUGUCCUAUGGGCUGUAUGAUUUUUUUAAUUACCUAUCGUAUAACUACCAAGUGGACUUGACUAGCCAAAAUUUACACAAAAUUAACUAUUAUGAGAAUGAGGAAAGCUACAAAAAUAAUGUGUAUGAACAGAUUUACACAGAUACAUCUCGUUACAACGAUUUGAUUGUUACGAACAAUUUGCUUUUUCGCCGCACAGGCAUUUACGUCAUUUAUUAUUUCCUUUUUAUGCCAAAUGUUAAGUUUUUAAACGAAGUUGUUUUUAGAAUUGCCUCCCUCCAGGAAUAUGAGCUUCUAAAGGAUGAGAAGAAGAACAAGAAGGCUGAGAUAGUGUAUCGCAUAAGUUAG